AUGACUUUUGGUUACAACAAAACGAAUAUAAAUACGCUUAAAACAACAACACAAAUAUUUAGUGAUGCUAAGUCUAUCAUCUUUGAUAUUUGUAGUAGGGAGGAUAAGAAAGAUGUUGGGAGAUUUGCUAUGGUUUUAGAGAAUCUUUGGAAGAGCCGCAAUAAUAUUGUUUGGAAUAAUAAUAGGAAAGAUCUUGCGAGAAUUGGUAUUCAAGCUUAUUAUAAUUGGUUUGAUUGUUUUAAUGUCCAAGAUGUUCAUGUCCUGAAUAUUGAUUCUCAGUUCCCUCUGGUUUGGACCCCCCCUGCUGUAGGGUGGUUGAAGUGUAACGUUGAUGCAGGUUUUAAUAAUCACUACCAAACUAUGAAUAGGGCUUGGUGCCUUCGUGAUAAUUUGGGGAGAUUUAUCGUUGCAGGUGUAGCUUGGGAUAAAGGUAUCACAUCACCCAUAGAAGUUGAAGCUUUGGCUUUGAAGGAGGCCAUUCACAUUGCUAUUACCAUGAACUUGAAUAAUUUGAUUUUCGAAAGCGAUUCUCAAGUGCGUCAAGCGAAUAUGGUUGCCGACUCUUUAGUUAAGGCGGCCAAUUCUUGGUCUAGACGUAAUUUCGUUAAUGUUGUACCUCCUUGUAUUGACAUUCAUUUGGUUAAUGAUAUGAGUUAA